AUGCUUUACGCCAAUAGCACGGAGUGGGCUAUCUUGUGGCCAUCACCGAAUCCCCUUCGCAUCGCCCGGUGCGGCGAGGGCGCCGACAGCGGCCGCCGGUCGGACCCGGUCGGCUCCGUCAAAAACCACAUACCACACAUACCAAUGAACGUCAAUCCGAACGUGGUAUCGUCGGCCCUGCCGCUCAGCCUGGCCGCCGAGCCCGAGACCGCGUUCAAGCCGACGAUGGCCGAGAGCCCGCGCGGCGAGGUGCCCAUCAUCAUCACCUCCCACGCGCCCGACCGCGAGCAGUCCUACCCGAGCCUCGGAGGCGGCGCCGAGCCCGCGCUGCCCAUGCCCCUCGAGCAGCCCGCCACGCACUACGACGCGUCUACGAUGGGACUUCCCUAUCAGCAGCGGCCGCUGCAGCAGCAGGUGGUGCACAACGUCGGAUACCAGCCGGCGGCCGAGUCGACGGCGAGGGAGGGUCCGCUGACCGACUCCAUGUCCAAGUUCGUGGCGCGGGACAUCGCCGAGGCGUGCCUCACCAUGCGCCCGCCGAUCGAAGAUGAGACCAGCAACGAAAAGGACGACAAUACACAGGGCGCGACCGCACUCACACCAUCCGCAGCCAACGGAGGCGGCAGCGCAGACUUCAAGAAGGAGGGCCACAGAAGCGGUGGACUCCACAUCCCGAGCUUCCUGCGCGGUCGCCGAUCCCGCCGCAACAGGACCGAGAGCUCGGACGUGAUGUCGUCGGGCAGCAACUCCGGCGAUGACCUCUCCGACGUCGAAUUUGACGAGGAGCUGGACAAAAAGCUCAAGGAGGAGGUGGAAAAGGACCUUCCGCUCUCCAUCACCGACCUCACAAAGGCCGAGCGCACCAAUGUGCGCAAGGUGUGUCUGCUCUACAACCCCAUGUCGGGCAACAAGAGGGGCAGGCGCGUGGCCAGGAAGGCCAGCAGGCUCAUCGAGCGCGAGGGCGUGGCCGUCGAGAUGGUCCGCCUCAGCGAGAGAGGGCAUGCCGAGCAGUUGUGCGAGACCAUGGACUUCAGCGGGUUCGACGUGGUGGUAGGCGUGGGCGGCGAUGGCACCUUCCACGAGUGCAUCAACGGCAUGAUGAAGCGGUCGGCGGCGAAGGGCAAGCAGCCCGCGCCGCUGGCCCUGAUCGCCGCCGGCACCGGCAACUCGUUCAUGCACGAGCUCCGCUGCUUCAAGCUCAAGUCGGCCGUCUACCACAUCCUCCGGGGCGUCAACUACCCGAUCGACAUCUGCAGGCUCACCUUUGGCGACGGCUCGACGUGCUACUCGUUCAACUCGAUCCACUGGGGCAUCGCCUCCAAGAUCAUGCUCACGGCCGAGCGCCUGCGGUGGAUGGGCAGCGCCAUGCGCUACACGACCGCGUGCUUCAUGGAGAUCGUGGGCGGGGAGAAGGCCCAGCUGGCCAAGGUCGUGGUCACCGACGAGAACGACAGGGAGGUCGAGUACAACGACAAGUUCAUCGUCGCCAUCGCCAACAACAUCAUCACCGCCAGCAGGGGCAUGAAGAUGGCGCCCGAGGCCAAGAUCGACGAUGGACUGAUUGAUCUGCUGCUCAUCAAGGCGACGUCGACGCUCAACCUGCUCGACAUCUUCAGGAGGACCUACGACGGCUCGCACACGGACCUGCCCUACGUCAUCUACCAGAAGGUGAAAAAGUUCUCCAUCACGCCCUACAAGGAGAGCGAGACCGGCGAGCUCGAGGAGGUCGAAGAGAUCAUUGACGUCGAUGGCGAGCUCAAGGGCUGUACGCCGUUCACCUGCGAAGUGAUGCCUCAGACGUUGCGGAUUGUUCUCUAA